AUGGCUCUAUCUGGAAUAUCUCCACCUGUGAUGAAUUGGGACUGUACAAACUUGCCGACCACGUGGGAAAAAUUUGAAAGGCACAUAAAACUGAUAUUCGCAGGACCUUUAAAAGACAAGACCGAAGAAGAAAAAGUAGCAUUCUUACUUAUUUGGGUCGGAGAAAAAGGACAAGAUGUUUCACAAUCAUGGACAUUAACAAAUGAAGAACAGAAGCAACUUGACACAUACUUCACAAAAUUCAAGAAACAUGUUCAGCCGAAACUAAACCCAGUAUUCGCCAGAUUCCAAUUUAACAACGAAAGGCAAGGAGAGGAUAGCAUAGAACAAUUCGUCACCAGACUAAAGUUAAAAAUAACGGAAUGCAAAUAUCAAGAAAAUACUGUGGACGAAAUGAUCAGAGAUAGAAUUGUAUUUGGUAUUAGUAAUCAAAAACUAAGAGAGAAACUAAUCAAUGAGGGCGAAACACUCACCUUAGAAAGGGCCAUUCAACUAUCUCAAAAUUUUGAAUAUUGUAAACAACAGAUGAAUAUUCUUAAUGCAAGAUCACCCCAAGAUGUCAACUACGUCAACAGCCGAGGUCGUGGACGUGGACAUGGACGCAGACCUGAGAUGCCAAGAGCGCAAAAUUCGCCGCAGAAUAGGAGGAAAGAACCGACUUGUGGAAAAUGUGGGACAAUACACAACCAAUCAGACAGAAGGAAGUGUCCAGCAUAUGGAAAACAAUGCAUACGGUGUAAGAAAUACAAUCACUGGAAAAUUGUAUGCCGGUCGAAGAAAGAUGUGCACCAAGUGACAAAUAACGUGUCGCAGAUGAGUGUGCAUGACAAUUCAGAGGAGGAGGAUUCGUGGAUGGAUAAUUACUUUUUAGAUACGGUAAGUCAUACACAAUCGUCCGCCCCAGAUCGUGCAUUUGUAAAUUUACGCAUUGGUCCACAUUUUCAAAACGUUACUUUCAAAAUUGACACAGGAAGCAGCGUAAAUACUUUGCCAAAACGCCACUUUGAAAAGCUCAAUGUCAAAUCGCCAUUAGAGGCUUCCGAAUCAAAUCUAACGUCUUACUCUGGUAACAAAAUACAAGUCGACGGUAAAAUUACACUCGCGUGCAAAUAUCGUUCGAAAACCGUGAACACAACGUUCUAUAUUGUAAGCAGUGAUGCACCGCCGUUAAUUGGGCUACAGACAUCUGUAGAUCUAGGAUUAAUACAACUGACUUACGCAAUUGACCGAGAGCAUGGCCAGCCAGUUAACAAAGAAUACGUCAUGUCAGAAUACCGUGACUUAUUCAAGGGCGUAGGUAUACUACCCGGAAAAAGCAAACUGUAUUUACGUGAAGACGCUAUACCGGUAAUAACGCCACCCAGACGCGUACCGGAAGCUUUAAAGUCGCGUUUAAAAGCCGAACUUGAUCAAAUGGUCAAAGACGAAAUCAUAUCGCCAGUUACGGAACCUACCGAUUGGGUUCAUCCAAUCGUAGUAGUUGAAAAACCGAACGGAAAGCUACGGAUCUGCCUGGAUCCAAAACCUCUCAAUGACUCGAUACGCAGACCGCACUACGCAAUGUCAACGCUAGAUGAUGUGACCGUUAAACUCGCCGGCGCGACACAAUUUAGCCUAUUAGAUUUGACACAUGCAUACUGGAGUGUACAAUUAGACGAAGAAUCUUCUUACCUAACUACAUUCGCAACGCCGUUUCAAAGAUAUCGAUUCUUACGUUUGCCGUAUGGAUGUAAAGCAUCGUCUGACAUUUUUUGUCAGAAGAUCAACGAAAUAUUUGAGGGAUUAUCAGGCAUUCACCCGCUGGUAGACGACAUUUUGAUUUGGGGACGAACCCCUGAGGAACAUGACAAAAACCUAAAUCAAGUCUUGCUACGCGCACGCGAACGCGGGAUAAAAUUCAACGCACAGAAAUGUUCAAUCGGUGUGAAAUCAGUUCCAUUCUUUGGUCACGUGAUCACCGACACUGGACUCACGGCCGAUCCUAAGAAAAUCGAGGCAAUUACGCAAUUGCAAAGGCCGGAUUGCCGCGAAAAGGUUGAAACACUAUUAGGAUUAGUUAAUUACCUAUCAAAAUUCGCCCCGAACCUAGCAGAGGUUACCGCGCCUAUCAGAAGCCUCCUGAAAAAGGACGUAGAGUUCCUGUGGGACGCCCCACAAGAGCAAGCAUUCUCAAAGGUCAAGGAAAUAAUAACACAGGCCCCAGUGCUAGGUUAUUAUGACCCUAAAAAGCCGCUUGUCGUCGAAACGGAUGCAAGCAAAUAUGGACUAGGUUGUUGUCUCAUGCAAGACGGAAAACCCAUCGCGUACGCAAGUAAGUCAUUAACGCAGACUGAAAUAGGUUACGCUGUCAUAGAAAAGGAACUCUUCGGGAUCUUAUUUGCAUUAAAAAGAUUCCAUCAAUUAACUUAUGGCAGAGAAGUUAUUGUGCACUGCGAUCAUAAACCAAUCUCAGCGAUAAUGAAAAAGCCAUUGUCGGCUGCCCCGCCGCGCCUUUCUAGAAUGUUACUCGCACUGUCAAAAUACGAGGUAAAUGUUCGCCACGUACCCGGCAAAAACAUACCUGUAAGUGACUGUCUCUCGAGACAAUCAUUACCCGAUACAUUUCCCGGAAUGAUCGACGGUUUGGACUAUCAUGUUCAUACAGUGCAAAAACAAUUACAUGUCACAGACAAACGACUCGAGAUCAUACGCGACGAAACUGCUAAAGACCCACAAAUGAUAAAAAUGAAACGGGCUAUAAGUCAAGGCUGGUCAGAGAAUAGGUCAAACUGUGAUCCAAGUAUCGUGGAAUUUUUCAAUCAUCGCGAUGAGAUAAGCACAGAGGAUGGUCUGAUAUUUCGAGGUCAUACGCUUGUUAUCCCGAAAUCAAUGCGAAAUGAGCUUGUAGAAAAGGUUCACUCAUCCCACCUGGGAAUUACAAAAACGCUUGAACGAGCCAAAGGCUCAUUAUUCUGGCCAGGCAUGUCUAAACAAGUUACUGAUUAUGUAACAAACUGCCCAAUCUGCCUUGCCCACAGGGAUGCGAAUGCUUCGCUACCAUUGAUCACAACUGAUUUCCCGGACAGGCCAUUUCAAAAAAUCGCGACGGAUCUUUUCCAUUUUCAUGGAAAAGAAUACCUAUUGACAAUAGACUACUACAGUAGAUUCUUUGAAGUAGAUUACCUACCAAACACAAGGUCACAGACAGUAAUUCUAAAAUUACAAAAACACAUGUCGCGAAUGUCAAUUCCCGAUGUAUUGGUAUCAGAUAAUCCUAGCCAGUACACCAGCGCUGAAUUUAAAAACUUCGCGAAAGAGUGGGGUUUCGAACACCGAACCUCAUCUCCAGGUCACCCGCAAAGUAACGGCCUUGCCGAAAAAGGUGUAGGUAUCGCGAAAAAGUUAAUGCAAAAAGCCAAGGACACUAAAUCUAAUCCUUAUUUAGCGUUACUAGAAUAUCGCAAUACUCCGUUGAAAUGCGGAUACACACCAAGUCAAUUAUUGUUAGGGCGCCGAACAAAAUCAAUCGUGCCGAUAACAAACAAAGCAUUAAAACCAACUUUGGUGAAUGAUCAUGAAGUACGAAAAAGAAUGAUCGAAUCGAAACAAAGACAAAAGUCAAAUUUUCAUAAGUCAGCACGAUCGUUACCACCAUUAUGUGAAGGUCAAUCUGUCCGUGUAAAAUUCUGA